CCCCUCCCUCUCAUUCAUCCGACCAUCGGCUCAGAUCAUCAGACACGUUGUUCUCUCGCCUCGACUGCAACUUUCCUUCUUUUUUUUCUUUUUUUUCCUUUUUUUGUCUUAUUUAUUUAUUUUUUUCUUCUGUCGGAUAUCUGAGUUUUAAGACGACGAUAAACAAAAUCGCCAGGAGACAUGAUUCUCAGGAGGAGUCUCUUCUUGCUGCUCUUAUCAUUUAAUUUCCUCCACGCAUUACCUGAAGAUGGUGAGCAGGAGGACGAGACGUCGUUUGACUUGUUUGAAAUCAGCCACAUCACGCGCAAGACUCUGGGGGCCAAACAGUUCCGGGGCCAAAACUCAGACGCCCCUGCCUACCGCUUCAUCCGCUUCGACCACCUGCCCCCAGUGAGCCCCCCCAUACUGAAGCAAAUCCUACGACAGAUCCAAAACAAUGAGGGCUUUGUGUUCGCAGCCAGCAUACGCCAGGACCGUGCCUCGCGGGGCACCCUGAUUGGUUUGGAGGGCCCCGAUGGCCAGCGGCAGUUUGAGAUCGUGUCCAACGGACGGGCCAACUCUCUGGACCUGGUUUACUGGGUCGAGGACUCCCAGAACGUGGUUUCAUUCGAGGAUGUGGACCUGUCUGACUCGCAGUGGAAGAAUAUUACCCUUCACAUUCACGGGGAAAAUGCAAACUUGUUUGUGGGCUGCAGCCUGAUAGACAGCCACAUCCUGGACGAGCCUUUCUACGAGCACCUGCAGGCUGAGGGAAGCCGCAUGUACGUUGCAAAGGGAUCCAUCCGGGAGAACCACUUCAGGGGCCUUCUGCAGAACGUUCGCUUCGUCUUUGACACCCCAGUUGAAGACGUCCUGCUCAGCAGAGACUGCGAGGUCUCCAAACAAGACGAUGCUAACACUGUGAGCGAGAGCACAGAAAUUGUGGAUGUGAGCCCCUCCAUCACCACAAACGUCAUCGGUCAGAAGACGGACGAUGCGGGCACCGAUAUGUGCGAGCGCUCGUGCGAGGAACUCAGCACCAUGUUCCAGGAGCUCAAAGGCCUGCGACAUGUGGUCAGCAACCUCAUCGAUGGCUUGCAAAAAGUGACGGAGGAGAACUCAGUCAUGAAGGAGGCCCUUGGGAGGAUGAAGAACACUAAAGAGAAAAACAUGUGCUGGCAGGAUGGCCGGCUGUUUGACGAUAAGGAAGACUGGGUUGUGGACAGCUGCACCAAAUGUACCUGCCAGGAGUCCAAGAUCGUGUGCCACCAGAUUACAUGCCCUGCAGUGGCCUGUGCCAGCCCCUCAUUUGUCGACGGCGAGUGCUGCCCCGUGUGUCUGCACAGUGAGGAUGGCUGGUCCCUGUGGUCGGAGUGGACGGAGUGCACAGUCACCUGCGGGACAGGAACUCAACAGAGGGGUCGUUCGUGCGACGCAACCAGUAACCCCUGCGAUGGACCUUCUAUCCAAACCCGCAAGUGCAGCCUCGGAAAAUGCGAUAGCCGUGUUCGGCAGGACGGAGGCUGGAGUUUGUGGUCGCCGUGGUCGUCAUGUUCUGUGACCUGCGGAGAGGGACAGAUCACCAGAAUACGCCACUGCAAUGCUCCCGUGCCACAGCUGGGGGGCAAAGACUGCGAGGGAAGCGGGAGAGAAACUCAGCGCUGCACUGCACAGCCGUGUCCCAUUGAUGGUGGUUGGGGUCCCUGGUCUCCAUGGGCAACCUGUUCAGCAACAUGUGGAGGGGGAGUCAAAACUCGAAUGCGUGAGUGCAACAGCCCUCAACCUCAGCAUGGCGGCAGGAAGUGUAUUGGAGAGGCCAACGACGAGGCUGGCUGCAACAAAAAAGACUGUCCAAUCGAUGGCUGUCUAUCUAACCCAUGCUUUGGUGGAGUGGAUUGUAACAGCGCUCCAGAUGGAUCCUGGGAGUGCGGCCCAUGCCCUGCUGGUUUCCGUGGAAAUGGCACCCACUGUGAAGACAUUAACGAGUGCGACAUGGUAUCUGAUGUUUGCUACAAAGUCGCUGGAACGCAGCGCUGCGUCAACACCGAUCCAGGUUUCCACUGCCUGCCCUGUCCCAAACGCUACAAGGGCACCCAGCCCUUCGGUAUGGGUGUGGAGGCCGCCAAGAAGAACAAACAGGUGUGUGAGCCAGAGAACCCGUGCAAGGACAAGACCCACAACUGUCACAAGUAUGCCGAAUGCAUCUAUAUCAGCCACUUCAGUGACCCCAUGUACAAGUGCGAGUGCAGGACUGGCUACGCUGGAGACGGCUUCAUUUGUGGAGAGGACUCAGACUUGGAUGGCUGGCCCAACCUGAACCUCGUGUGUGGUGCCAAUGCAACUUAUCACUGCAAGAAGGAUAACUGCCCUAGCCUUCCGAACUCUGGACAAGAAGACUUUGACAAAGAUGGUCAAGGAGAUGCUUGCGACAAGGAUGACGACAAUGAUGGAAUUCUAGAUGAGAGGGACAACUGUCCCCUCCUUUACAACCCUCGCCAGUUCGACUUCGACAAGGAUGAGGUGGGCGAUCGCUGCGACAACUGUCCGUAUGAACACAACCCUGCUCAAAUAGACACUGACAACAAUGGAGAAGGGGACGCCUGCGCAGUGGACAUUGAUGGAGAUGAAAUCAUGAAUGAGAACGACAACUGCCCCUAUGUGUACAACACUGAACAGAAGGACACUGACAUGGAUGGAGUUGGUGACCAGUGCGACAACUGUCCACUGCUACACAACCCUGACCAGACUGAUGUUGACAAUGACCUGGUUGGAGAUCAGUGUGACAAUAACCAGGACAUUGAUGAAGACGGCCAUCAGAACAACCUGGACAACUGUCCAUAUGUGGCCAACGCCAACCAGGCUGACCAUGACAAGGAUGGCAAAGGAGACGCUUGUGACUAUGAUGAUGAUGAUGAUGGUGUACCUGACGACAAGGACAACUGCAGGCUGACACCCAACGCGGACCAGCUGGACUCUGAUGGCGAUGGAAGAGGCGACGCCUGCAAAGAUGACUUUGACAACGACAGUAUCCCAGAUAUUCUUGAUGUGUGUCCGGAGAACAACGCCAUCAGUGUCACAGACUUCCGGAAGUUCCAGAUGGUCCACCUGGAUCCCAAGGGAACCACUCAAAUUGAUCCAAACUGGGUGGUCCGACACCAGGGCAAAGAGCUGGUUCAGACUGCCAACUCUGACCCGGGCAUCGCAGUAGGUUUUGAUGAGUUCAGCGCUGUGGACUUCAGCGGAACUAUGUACGUGAACACGGACAGAGACGACGACUAUGCAGGCUUUGUGUUCGGCUACCAGUCGAGUGGGCGCUUUUAUGUAGUGAUGUGGAAGCAGAUCACACAGACAUACUGGGAGGACAAGCCCUCCAAGGCCUUUGGCAUUUCUGGCGUUUCGCUCAAAGUCGUCAACUCGACCACUGGCACCGGAGAAAACCUCAGGAAUGCUUUGUGGCACACGGGCAACACUCCGGGACAGGUGCGUACCCUGUGGCACGACCCCAAGAACAUUGGUUGGAAGGAUUACACAGCUUACAGGUGGCAUCUCAUUCACAGACCGAAGACUGGUUUUAUAAGGGUUGUGGUCUAUGAAGGUAAACAGAUCAUGGCUGACUCGGGACCAGUUUAUGACAAGACUUUCGCUGGAGGAAGGCUAGGGUUGUUUGUCUUCUCGCAAGAGCUGGUGUUCUUCUCCGACCUCAAGUAUGAGUGCAGAGAUAAGCCGGAGUUGCCAACAGUGUUCACAAGAUAACUGAAUCAAGCCUGGUAGGAAAACACCAGAAGGCAAAAAGACAAGAAUCCCUCAAAGUAAACAUCACGUCAUCGCUGAAUCCAUUUCAACGUAAAUGAGACUUUCCGUGCUUUUCCGUGUUGUGCCACUGGAGAGGAAACCGUGGCCGACUUCAGUUUUCCUGUUGAUGCAUUUCCCACGCUGGGAAAGAAAAAAAAAAACGAAUGAGAGUGGACAAGUUCUUAAAAAAAAGCCUCAGCAGAUUAUCUAAUUAUAACUAUUGUACCUAUGUCUACAAUUUAAAGGACUCAUUGUACAACCACUUACAUGCUGUAUGUGCUCUCCUACAGUUCCUUACUCUCUAAAGCUUGUAAGCGACUCGGUUGUUCUCUGUCUUUCGGCUCAUUCAUGGCUUCUGUUUUAAGAACAACUGGUCAUAAAGUGUCUUGACAUCUAACAUAAACUGUAACCAAAGCAUAAUCAUCUCUCAAGUCCAUUACUAUUUCUCCUCAUCCCUUUCAUCCUGAAUGUGGUUUUUUUUUUCUUCUUUUUUUACGGAGAAUUUGAGUGAAUGAUUGAAAUAAGCCAUUUUAGUAAGUGCCAAAGAUGUUUAUACUAAGUCUGUAUUAUAAUUCCUUUUGUAAAUUAUUUAUGCUUCGCCUGUUUUGUUUGUUCGCAUUUUUUUUUUUGCUAGUUUGUAAAUAAUUAUUUAUUUGUUUACACUGACAAAACGCAUAAUUGAGUAUCACGAAAGUCAAAAAUAACACAUUAUAUUACAAGAUCUUUUUUUUUCUUUAGCAUUAUCAUGCACUUCCUUUCCUUGUUAGUUUUUCUUUUCCAGACAAACUGUAGCGUAAAGCUUCAGAGAGGAUAAACAUCAGCUGCUUUUAAGUAAUCACAUACAUAAGCAGCUGCCGAAGAAAGUUUAUUUGGGUAGUAUGUGUAUGUAAAAAAAAAAAAAGAGAAAAUAAAGCCACUGUUUAUUUUAUUUUAUUUUUUUAAGCUGUCCAGACAGUGCCUCGUUGUCCUCAAAAGUGAUAUAUCACUUUGGUACACGUGAAACAUUUCUCAGUGCUUAUUAACGGUCCAUCGCCAAAAUUGGCUACAAAAUGUGCUUCUGGCACCGCAGCACCCUUUUGUUUGUUUUUCUUACCUGAUAAUGAAAGACUUUGUAUCUGUAGCACAAACAAAAAAAGAUUAGGGGGAACACGUCAGUUUAAAAGUUAGUGAAAUAAAGAGAAUUGCACAAGUGCCUGAUUCCUUUUGGAUCUGAUAUUGUGUACCGAGCGCCAAGUGACAUAUCACAUUAAAAGCUGAGGGUCUGAGGUUCAGCAGGCAGUCAUUAUGUGCGAUGGAGUCACGAUGAUCAAAUACAGUGAAAAUAUUUUAUACAAAUUACUUUUUUAAAUGCAUAUGUUUGUCAUCAGUAUCACUUGCGGAUGUUGUGAAUCUUUGCAGUGUCGGUUGGAAAAAAAAAAAAAAAAAAAAGGAAUCCCGACGAAGGUCUCCACAAACAGAGUGUGACUGUGUGACUGUGUCGUGUGGAUCAAGGACAUGUCAGUGAAAAACCUUUCUGUGGUUAGUCUGUAUAGCAUUCGUGUUCUUUCAUGUUUGGUUUCCAUCUUGUUCAUUUUGUUUGAGAGUUUGCAAUGCACAAAAUGUAAAUUUCUUUUGUAUACUUGUGUUGUUAGAUAUACAUUUUCUACAAACAUUAGUGUAAGAUUGUUCUGUUUCAUAAAUAAAUCACUUGUACACCA